UCUCAAAACAAUCCUUAACCCAGUUAAGAACAUUUCACUCUGAAUCAAAGAGAUGGCCACGAAUAUUGUUAAAAUAAUAUCCAAAGAAAUCAUCAAGCCUUCUUCAUCCCCAACACCAACUCGACUCAGAACCUAUAAACUCUGUCUUCUAGAUCAGUUAUCCCCUCCUAUGUACGCACCCUUACUCCUCUUCUAUGCACCAACUAGUAAUGCCAAACAAUCCAACAUAGCUCACUUAAAAUCCUCCCUUUCGGAAACAUUAACUCAUUACUUUCCGUUCGCCGGACGCUUCAAAGACGCGUUAUCCGUCGACUGCAAUGAUCAUGGAGUUAUUUACACUGAAGCCGUCGUUGAUACAGACAUGUCUUCGGUGCUUAAUCAGCACGACGCUGGUUUUCUUGUUCAGCUACUUCCGUGUAACCCGCAUGAUAGAUCAGACAAUUUAGUUGAUCAAGAGAUGUUACUAGUUAGAGUAAAUUUCUUCUCAUGCGGAGGAAUUGCGAUUGGAGUUUGCGUUCGGCAUGCUCUCGCUGAUGCUUCAGCUCUUGCUUCAUUCGUUACGAGCUGGGCAACGAUUAAUCGCGGUGGUGGCACCGAGCAUGAAAAUGAUGACAUGGCGGGUGUCGUUUUUGACUGCACUUCUCUUUUUCCUCCUCAAGACUUAUCGUCCUUUUUCAUGGGCAAUUACAUGGAUAAAGAUUUAUUGUUAUCUACAAUCGUUACUAGAAAAUUUGUUUUCGAUAGCUCGAAAUUAUCUUCUCUAAAGGAAAAAAUCGGGGACCAUCCAACUCGUGUAGAGGCAUUAUUUGCACUCAUUUGGGGAGCUGUAAUAGCCGUCACCCAAGAAAAAGACCGAUCAUCAAGCACGAAACCUCAUCUUGCUACAAGUACGGUAAAUUUACGCAAGAGAUUGAACCCGUCAUUGCCGAACAAGUGUAUAGGGAACAUCAAUCAACCGAUAUUGGCGCAAUGGCCGAGGAACACGGAAGUAGAGUACAAGGGUUUAGCAGGAAAUUUAAGGCAGUCGAUAAGGAGCAUAAACGAUGAACAUGUGAGGAAUGUGCAUGAAGAUGGUGAAUACUUGAAAUUCAUAAAAUCAGCAGCAGAGAUGAAGAUGGUGACAGAUGUUUUUAGCUUUAGCAGUUGGUGCAAAUUUCCGUUCUAUGAAGCUGAUUUUGGAUGGGGAAAACCUGCUUGGAUUAGCACUCAUAUGGGGCUUAACAAUUUGGCAGUUUUUAUUGAUGCAAAGGAUGGUGAAGGAAUUGAAGCAUGGGUUUCUUUGACUACGGAAGACAUGCUCAAGUUUCAACAAAAUCACGGUAUCCUCCAAUAUGCUUCCUUCCAACCCUACAAAAUAUAAUUACAUCAACUUCAAUGCGCAGGUGAGUUGGUAAAGCACGCGGAUUAAAUUUGGGCCAGAGUUUUACUUCCCGCAAGGAAUCUAUCCAGCUCGAGUGAGAAUUAGUCUAAAUAUACAAGAUUUAAAGGUGUGAUUUUAUAGUUGGAAUCCGUUCAAGACACCUCAUAAUCAAACUAAAAAAAAAAAUAUAAUUGCAUGAGUUUCUACAUCUAUUUUAAUAUUUUGUCCUUGCAUUUUAAAUUGGAAAAAAAUUACUAUCGUGUUGUGAGUAAUUUCUUAAUAAUAAAAUACAAAUGUAUUCUUAAUUCCUUAUAUUAUUGAAUAGUUUUAAUAA